AUGCCCUCCAGCCCACCUUCACCCUUGAGGCUGUCUCACCGCCACACCCGCAGACGGUCAUCAAACACAGAUAUGGAUCCGAUGUCACCAGCCGAUUAUACGCCCAAUGGUUACUCUCUCAACUCUCCCCGAUCGCCUGCCAGUCCUCGACCCCAUUACGCGCAAAGCAUGAACAGAAUGUCCGGCGACUUUGGAGCUGCCACAGAAGCGAGCGGCGGACUGGGGAAUCUCGCGGAUGAACUAGCGGAUGCUUGGGAGGAUGAGGAGAAUGGCUAUGGAUAUGCCUCUGGACAGGAGGCUGCGCUGAUGGACUCACAACCGCUGGAACGGAUGAGGACGCGGACGCCUUCGCCCGGUUAUUUGUCUGAGAGAGAUUCACUGCAGCCGCCGCGGCCCAAACUGCGAAACGGUACGCAUCGACACCGAAGACACGAGUCGCAAUAUGAUGGCUCGGAUUAUGGCCCUGAUUCAGACCUGGAGGAGGUGGCCGAUAUGUCCCCGGCACUGGAGAACCAGAUGGCGGAGAUCGAGAGUCUAGCGAGACGGGGUCUCGAGAAUAACGGGAGCGAGCAAGACCAUGUUAUUGAACGGGCGGUUACAGCGCUUCAGGAUCUAGGGGCGCAGAGCGGAAUUGAGAAUAAUGCCAUGAGACUCAUCACUGCCCAUUCUUCAAUAACCUCUUACCUCACGCACCAAACCCGCACUGUCCAGAGCCUCACCCACCCCCUCCUCUUCGCCCCUUUCCCGCUCCUCUCCGACGACGCCAUUGACGCCCUCAUACCUUUGAUCGACGAGGGCCUUCUCCCUAACCUCCCCUAUCCAUUCCCAGAGCAACAUCAACAUCAACAUCACCACUCCUCCCGACCAAAUACCCCCUCACAAGUUUCCCCGUCGCCGACAAACAACCCUCUUACCUCCCUCCAAACGCUUAUCUCUCAAACCUCUGAUAUAACUCUCUCUCUUCGCGGCCUGAGCGACACCCUCUACGAAUCCCGCCAGCUCACCUCGACUGCUUCGAGGCGUCUCCGAGCUGCCCGAGAACUUGUUGCUGACCUCCGCAGGGAGGAAGAAGGCCGUGAAGAGGGCACGAGGUGGAUCGAGAAAGGAGACUGGGAUCGGAGGCUUAGGGAACGGGAGGCUGGUCGUGAGUGUGGUGAUGUGGUCAGUGGCUUUGAAGCAUUCUGCGGUGAAUGGAGAGAAAAGUUGUUCGGGGCUGCAGGUGCCGCCGAGGCUGUCGUUGCGUAG